GGUAUCAGAGCACUAAUCUUGGUGACCUUGAAAAACAUCUCUUCUUUUUUAUUCCCUCCAAACAUCAUGUCAAACACAGAUGGUUCCAACACCAAAAAUACUAGUUUGGAUCCUUCACAUCCUUACUAUGUCCAUCACUCCGAUCAACCAGGCCAUUUACUUGUUCCAACUAAAUUAAAUGGAACCAACUAUCAAUCAUGGAGUCGAUCUAUGUUGCACGCUUUAACAGCAAAAUCGAAGGUGGGUUUCAUUGAUGGAUCGAUCUCACCGCCAUCCCAAGUAGAAGAUCCAACAAUAUAUUUCCUUUGGAAACAAUGCAACAGCAUGAUUAUUUCAUGGCUCACUCAUUCAGUCGAGGCAGACAUUGCCGAAGGCAUCAUCCACGCCAAAACAUCGCAACAAGUUUGGGAAGAUCUGCGGGAUCAAUUCUCGCAGAAGAAUGCACCAGCCAUUUAUCAGGUUCAAAGAUCUAUUGCGACCAUUACGCAAGGUUCAUCCACUGUUGCUGCUUACUAUACAAAAAUCAAGGCGUUAUGGGCUGAACUUGAUACUUACCGCACUCAUGUCGCUUGCAAUCAAGAAAAACUGCACAAUGAAGAAAAGGAAGAGGACAGACUAAUGCAAUUUCUCAUGGGUCUAAAUGAUGUUUUCAAAGCUGCGAGAUCUAAUAUUUUGAUGAUGAAUCCACUGCCCAAUGUCCGACAAGCAUACUCUUUGGUGAUACAAGAGGAGAUGCAAAGGCAGGUAUCAUCUGACACACCUGAAAAUUUCUCCAUUGCUGCUACAGUUCAAGGGAAAUCAUUCCCAUCCAAAAAUUCGAAGGAGAAACUUUGUGACCAUUGCCAUCGCAGUGGACAUAUCAUUGCUGAUUGUCGAACUUUAAAGUAUCACUGCACUUUCUGUAAUAAAAGAGGGCAUACUGAAGAUCGUUGCAGAUUGAAAAAUGGGGGAGGUGCUGCCAGAUAUACUCAAGGUAUCCAUCGCGGUAACACACCAUCAGCCCACAUGGCUGACGCUUCACAACAAGGGGCUGGAAAUUCUCUCAUCAAUGGUAUUUCUCCAGAAUAUCUACAGCAAUUGGCACAAGCAGUGAGCGCCCUAAACAAGAAUAACCAAUCUGGUAAUAAUGAUGUUCAUGCUAAUGCAGCAGGACUUGACCACGAGGAAGACGAUUGGCUCGGGUAGGCAACGAGGUGGUCUAUACUACAUGUCUCCUUCCUCACAACCAACACCAUCUGCUUUUCAUUUUUCUAGUACAUCUAGCCUUUGGCAUUCACGCCUAGGACACCCCUCUAUCUCCCGUUUAAAUGUUCUUUUCCCUUCAUUAAAAUUAAA